AAAAUGAGAAUGCAUGCCCUGUUUGUGCUGUUGAUGUACGCAGCAGCAUUGAAUUUCGAGGCAUCUUUGAUGUCCCAUACAUUAGCAGAAGUAGAUGCUUUGGACACUUCAUAAUUAAAUUGUUAAACUCCUCGAUCGCAUUUCGAUGAGUUGGAGUAGACCUUGAGUCAAUGGUAGAAUGUUUUGGAGAAUAAAGAUCGUAUACCUUCACAUAUAGAAACAUUAACUGAAAUGAAACACUUAAUAAAACAUAAGAAAUAUUAAAAGCUGGUUGAUAAGAUCAAAGACUUAGAUUUAAUAUCACCACCAGUGCUUUCAGAAUUAUAAAACAAAUUACAAGGAUUGCAAUCUCAUGGUAACAAAUUUGAUUAAAUAUUAAGAUAAACAUGAAAGAGAAGAAUGUACAGAAACUUUAACAAAAUUAUGUGCUUAUUUAAUAAAAUAAAUGAAUAAUGUUCACUAAUAAUGCUAAUAAUCUCCUGUUACAGUGAUAAAGGUGAAAGGAAAGAUAGAAGAUUUAAAGAUUAUAUAAUCAGGAUGUUAAUAAGCAUGCCAACCAACAUGUCCAGAUGAGCCAGUUCCAGAAAUUCCAUCAGAAUUACCAAGUGAACCAAGUGAAGAAUUUACUGAAGAACCAGUAGAAGAGACUGAUAUUCCAACAACACCAGAAGAUAAACCAAGUCCAGAAGAAGAUUAGCCAUAAUCAGAAGAAGAUUAACCAACAACACCAGAAGAAGAUUAACCUACACCAGAAGUACAUUCUGAGGAAGAAGGUCCAACAGAUGAACCACCAGUUAAUCCAAAUGCAGAAGAAUCUCCUGAAGAACCAACAAUAACAGAAGAUGGAACAGAAGAAUGGACUAUUCCAGGUGAAGAAUCUGAACCAAUAGUUCCAUCUACUGAAGAAGAUGAAGAAUAACCUUCUCCACCUGUAUAACCAGAUGAUGAAGAAACUCCAGAACAAGAUGAUGAAGAAUCUCCUUAUGAAGAAACUCCAGAUUAACCAUAACCACCAACACCAGAAGAAGGAGAAGAAUUCUAUUCUGAAGAACAUCCUGUUGAACCACCUUAACCACCUGUUGAUUUACCUGAAGAAGGAGAAGAAUUCACAUUUGAAGAAACACCUGUUGAACCACCUUAACCUACACCAUUUGAUAUUCCUGAAGAAGGAGAAGAAUCAUUUUAUGAAGAAGAAUCUGAUGAACCAUCACAUCCUACAAUACCAGUAUCACCAGAAGAAGAAGGAGAAGAAGCCACUUUUGAAGAUUAACCACCUGUUCCUGUUGAUGAAGAUGAUGAAGAAUCUCCAUUAGUAUGUCAUUCUUCUGAAUCUACAGAAUAUGUUGAAUUAGCAGCUACUUAAGUUGAACCAGGAUUCACUAGUACUCUUACCAUAACAGGCUAAUAUGGAUUUGGUUUAUACUUCUAAAAAUUAUAGAAAUAUCCAGCUUUUACUGAUGCUGAAGAAUUCCAUUUAGCCAGUUUAUAAGAUAAUGGUAAUACUGUAUUAGGAGUGUUUGUUACUAAAACUGGAGUUAAAUGUGUUACUGCUGAUGGAUCAACAUAAUAAUCUACAUCUGUUUAGAAUGAUGAUUUUGAAGGUGAUUGGAGCUUUGUAUUUAUUAGUCAUGGUAAAGGUGUUACUGGAUGUGGAGUUAAAUUCUUUGAAGAAUAACCAGCUUUGAGAGAAACUCCUGCUACUCAUGAAAGUUUCACAUCUUUAGAAUUCAUUAUUGGUGGUGAAUAAGAUUCUCAUCCAUCAUUCUAAGGUAAAGUUUAUGGACAUUUUGCUGUCUCUGCACCAAAUCUUCAUUUCAAAGAUGAAAAAACAUAUAAACAAAUUGUUGAUUCAUGUAAUAAUCCUCCAGAAGAACUUUGUGAAUUAGAUACACAUGUUUUAGGUGAUUUUGAAUUUUCUGGAUUUGAUGAUAGUUCUGAAGAAAGAUAUGAUUUCUCAUCUUGGGAUGCUGGAUAUUCAGUUUCUGGUUGGUUCAAAUGGGAAUCUUUAGAAGAUUAAGAUGUUUGGCAUACUGUCUUUAGAUUAUCAGAAAAUACUGAUGCUGAUUUAGAUGAUAUUUAAUUAGGAGAUAGAGAUCUAGCUCUUUAUCUUGGUAAUGAAUUAGUUGGCAACAGAUAUUAAGUUACUACUUAUACAUAUUCAGGAUCUGGCAAUCCUAAUUUAUGGGAUUCUGUUGAAUAUGGAUCAUCAUUAGGUUAAUGGCAUUAUGUUUACUUUGGUUACAGCAGAAGAACUAAAUAUGCUAAUUACUUGAUUUAUUUAUCAGAUUCAGAAAUGCCUUCUAAUUAAAUUCAUGAUGUUCGUCAUUAUCUUGUUCCUUAAAGAAGACUUUACAUUGGUAAUGAUGGUUUAUAUCCUGCUUUCAAUGGUUAAUUUUAUAAUUGGAGAGUUAAUCUUUGUAUUGGAGAUGUUGCUAUUGAUGUUGUAAAUCCACCAAGAGAUAUUAUUUUUGGAUAUAAUCCUUAACCAUCAACUGAUACUCCAAAUGACCCAAUUGAAUUCUCUGAAGAAGAACCAGUUUGGCCAGAAGAAGAAGAAUUUACUCCAGUUGAACCAGAAGAGACUCCUGAAGAUUUCCCUGAAGAAGAAUCAGUUUGGCCAGAAGAAGAAUUUACUCCUUCUUAACCUGAAGAUAUUCCUUCAGAAGAAUCAGUUGAACCAGAAGAAGAAGAAUUUGUUCCUCCUCCUCCAUAACCUGAACCUCCUGUCAUUCCUGAUGAAAUUACACCAGAACCAUUACCUGAACCUGAACCUUAACCAGAACCUGAACCUGCUCCAGUACCUUCACCUAAACCAGCUCCUCCUCCUUCUGAACCUUAAGUUCCCGUUGUCAAAGAGUAUCUUAUCAUUUAUUAAUCUUUUAUAGAUGUGAGGCAACUAUUGAUGUCACUAAAGAAAAUGCUGCUGAUAUUUUAUGUGCUAUUUCAGAAUAUUUGGCUUAAUUAGCAUCUGGCCAUGUUCCAGAAUUGGGUAUCAAUCCAUCAAGAGUAUGUUUCUGUUUACAAUAUGAUGAUAGUAAUUUUUAAAUUUAUAAUCAAUUAGGUGAAUCCAAUGAAUCUUUCAUGUAAGUAGAAGCCAUCCUUAAAGAAAAUGAUGCAUUUACUAUCAAUAAAUUAGUUGCCUAAAGAAGAAUUUGAUUUAACAUAAAAAAAUCAUCCAAUUUAUUAUCUACAUGCUC